UUGUAAACAUAUGCCAACACCAAGUAAUGCGAAAUUCAUAAAAAUUAAAAAGCAUCAUUUAUGUUCCAAAAACUGUAGAAAUAAACAUGUCCACACCCACAAAAUCGGGAAUUCGCAGAAAAGAAAAAGAUUACAAAACCCCACAGAAAAAGUCAUCGACAAGUCUCAAAGCUGUAGAAAACAUCAUGCACAACAACACAACAGAUGAGACUGGAUCAACGUCUGGAGCAGAGAGUAUUGCCGAAGCUGCUGCGGUAAAUUCUAGUGAAGAAAAUGUACCUGAUGUUUCGCAUGCACGAAGACGUUCUGGGCGAGUUCCGAGUCCUACUAAGAAAUUUCUAAGCGGCGAUUAUGUAGUGGAUACGAUCAGUGGUAUAACCAAGCGCAAAGAUAGUGAUCGCAAAAGGGGCGCUAGGCCUAAUGAGAUAACUGAUGAUGAUGAUGACGAUGAUGAGGAGGGAGGUGAAGAUUUCAGCAGUGAUAUUGGUACUGCGGUAAAACCAAAAGAAGAUGAAUUGCAGCUUCUGCAGGAAGAUGUUGAUGUAGCAGGCAAGAUGAUGUUUGGUUUUAAUACACCCAAAAAGAAAGGAGCCAUGGCUUUGGCUGCCAUGAACACGCCGAAAACUCCAGCUACCCCUAAGACACCAAAAACACCAGGGCGUUUGGGUAAGACGCCAGAUGGAAAGAAGGCGCGAAAGUCCACAUCGGAACCUAAGACUCCAUCACGAGUUAGAAAUAAAGUUAAAAGUCAGAUCGCCAAACUGGUUCAAGAUAAUUCUGGUUCCGACUUCUCAGCGGACGAAAGUGAUUUUCAACCUUCGGGCAGUGAGAGCUCAUCGAGUGAGAAUGAAUCCUCGGCAUCAGAUGAGAAUGAAGCUGAUGAUGAACCAAAAACACCUUGCAAAAGCCGCCGCUCUAUCGUGGUACCCAUUUUACCAAAAACACCAUCUGCUGCUCGGCUACGGCAGUCAGCUCGUGCUAAAAAAUCGGCUGAUUUUGUACCCGAGAGCGAUGGCUACUUUCAAUCUCAUUCAAGUGGUAAAAUUCUCACAUCCGAUCACACCCUGGACCGCCUGAAGAAUCCACGUUUGCCAGCCGAUCGUCUAUUUUCACUUUUGGCCGAAAUGAAGCUGUCGGAAGAACACGAAGCGUCAAUAAAUGCCAUUAUGGAAGAAUACAAGUCAUAUUUUCCUAAAUGGUUAUACAUUUUGAAUGAAGGCUACAACCUGCUACUGUAUGGGUUGGGCUCAAAACGCCAAUUACUGCAAGCUUUUCAUCGUGACGUUUUGUCAAAGCAGCCAGUAUUGGUUAUAAAUGGUUUCUUUCCCAGUUUAACAUUAAAAGAUAUAUUAGAUAGCAUUACAAAUGACGUACUGGAUGCCGGCAUUAGCCCCAGUAAUCCUCAUGAGGCUGCAGAUAUGAUAGAAGAAGAAUUCGCCUUGAUACCAGAAACCCACUUGUAUCUAAUUGUCCACAACUUAGAAGGGGCUAUGUUGAGAAAUGCCAAAUCUCAAGCAAUUUUGUCCCGUUUGGCGAGAAUUCCAAAUAUCCAUAUGUUGGCAUCUGUUGAUCAUAUUAAUACGCCACUUUUGUGGGAUCAAACAAAAUUGAGUAAUUACAAUUUUUCCUGGUGGGAUUGCACCACAAUGUUACCCUAUACUGAUGAAACGGCAUUUGAAAACUCUUUGCUGGUACAAAAUUCGGGAGAACUUGCCUUGUCUUCAAUGCGCAGUGUAUUCCUUUCUUUGACCACGAACAGUCGAGGAAUUUACAUGCUCAUUGUUAAACAUCAAUUGAAAAACAAAGGAAAUCCAAACUACCAAGGCAUGCCGUUUAAGGAUUUGUAUUGGAGCUGUCGUGAAGCAUUUUUGGUCAGUUCUGAUCUUGCCUUAAGAGCUCAGCUAACUGAGUUCUUGGAUCACAAAUUGGUUAAAUCGAAACGUAGUGUUGAUGGUUCAGAGCAACUCACUAUCCCCAUUGAUUCCGCAUUGUUGCAGCAAUUUUUGGAUGAGCAGGAAAAGAAAUAAUGUUUCUUUUGAUCGCGUCUGUAUGGUAUGCUGGUCUUUGGUGAACUGAAAUCAAUAUUUGACAAAUCUUUACCAUUUCGAAAAUCACCACAUCACACAGGAAACUAACUAAGCACAGCUAGAUAGCAGAAGAACAUUGGCAACAGUUACUGAUGAUGAAAAGACGAAAUUUUCCGGGAUCAUUUCAAGGAUUUCAAUUCAGAAACAAAGAAAACUCAAUACUGAGAGCAAUAUCCUCAGAACAAUGCCCUUUAGAUGACAACCGAAAAGGCAGAUGUAAACGGAACAAACGCCAGCCAGCCAAACAGCCAGUAGUGGUCCUUUGUUUUCGUCAAAAUCCAUGAAGAAAAAAAAAAUUGAUGCUCAAUGGCCACCAUAGCGUAGUAGACGAAGAAGAAAAUUGUCAAGAGGAAAAUGAGUGUAACAAUUUGGAAAAUUGUAACAACAACAAGAAAGUAACGAGCUCAAGGUAGAGCUGAAAACCCACCACCGCCACCAACAGCAAAGACCUUACAAAGCAAAAAUAUAUCAAGGUGUUGUAAAUUUGAAACACCAACACAAUAAGCACACAUAACCAUCAACAACAACACACACACGCACACACUACCGUAAAUUACAUAAAAGACGACAAAGUAGAAAAGAAAGAAGGUCCUUUUUAUCACUAAACAUCCGUUUGGCCUUCUCCUACUACUCUUUACCGACAUCAUCAUCAUCAUCUUGGCUUUACACACGCACACUUCUUUGUUUUUGCUUCCUUAUUCAGUUUCAAAAAUGUUUGUGCUUGCAGAGAUAAAGAAAAUUUCCUCAACGAUCUAUGUUAUGAACCCCAAGGAGACUUAAAAAUCGCAAGCAUGCAAAGGUGGCGGUGGUGGAUUCGCUAAUGAUGUUUAUGCUUCGCAACACUCUUUGAACCAAGGUAUGCUUGUAUGAUGACACCAAGUUAUUGUUUGCUAGAGAGAAAAAAAAACUUAAAAGGUGUUUCCAAAGUGUCAUCAAGGUGAGCAAACUAAAUGGAAGAUUCUUGCUGGAUGUUGUGGCUGAUAUAUAUUAUGCCAGUCAAAAGAAACAAACACAGCUUGAAAGGGGGAGUAAUGGUGUCACAAAGUUUUUGACCAAUACCUAACAAAUCGUUUUUACCCA